AGCUUCGUGUUUCCGUAAUCAACAAAUGAAGUUGACGUUUCACCGCGUAGCAAGUGAAAGUGUCACGUCGAUGGAAAUUCUUGUCAGAAGAUUUUUUCCGGGCUAAUAAUCUCUAUUUACUAGUGUACGGUCUAGGUUAAUUCCGACGAAAAUGGGUGUAAAGCCUGCUAUUGGACGAAAAACUAACAAAAACCCUCCCAUCUUCAGUCAUGAAUUUGUAAUUCAAAAUCAUGCAGAUAUUGUUUCAUGUGUUGUUAUGGUUUUCCUGGUUGGAUUGAUGGUACAGUCUACAAGUCCCAUUGCAAGCUUGUUCAUCAGUUUACAUCACAAUGUCAGUGGAGUGGAACCAACGAGAGAAGCGCCGAAAGGCGAACCUUUUACUUAUGAAUCUGGGUGGAAAGAUGCUUGUGCCGUGUUUUUCUAUUCACUUGUCUGUAUUGUGAUGCAUGCUAUUCUUCAGGAGUACUUCCUUGAUAAAAUUUCCAAGAAGUUCCACCUCUCAAAAUCAAGGUUAAGUGCUCUCAAUGAAUCUGGACAACUUAUAGUAUUCCAUCUCGUAACUCUGGUAUGGGGUGGUGAUGCUAUACUCCGGGAAGGUUUCAUUUUCAACAUCUCUCAGCUUUGGGAAGGCUACCCAGUGCACCCAAUGAGCUUCCUUCUCAAGUUAUGGUGGGUUGUCCAAGCUUCCUAUUGGUUGCACACAAUCCCCGAACUGUACUUCCAACGUAUAAAGAAAGAUGAGUGGGCAGGACGCAUACGAAAUGCUGCUACAGCUUUUGGUUUUGUAGCAUUGGCUUAUGGAUUUAAUUUCCAACGCGUGGGAGUGUGCCUAGUUGUUCUUCAUGCCCUGGCAGAAUUUGUGGCACAUUGCUAUCGUCUCAACACAAUCCUCAGGGGAGAACGUGAAGAUUUCUUGGACAAGUUUCUAAGUCUUGUAAACGGGACAGUGUUCGUGAUCGUUCGCUUGUUCUCUCUCGUCCUUGGAGUGCUUACUUUCUACUUCGGACUCGCCGGUGUCGCGCCCUUACUGGUCAGAGUGGCUGCUCUGUCCUUGCUUGUCUCUUUCCAGGUCUACUUGAUGUUUAACUUCAUAUCUGAAGCUAUUAAGCAGAGGCAAGAAGCUCGUCAGCAGGCUCUCGCGCGACCUCUCAAGAAAGAGAAGAAGGAAAAACCCAAAAAGGAAAAGGUGAAAAAAGCUCCCGUCGACGAGUCUGACCUGCCCGAGGUGGAUCAGAACACGAACAAGACCCUGAGGCAGCGACAGAACGCGACCGCUAAAGCGAAGUGAAUCUAUGGCUCCUCUACCUGUUGACAUUAGAUUAGUUUGUCGUCAUCCCUUACGUAACUGAGUCUUUCCACUACAAUUAUUUAGUUCUUUAUUAGAAAUUUUAGAAAUCGUGUUGUCUUAGCACAAAUACGCAGCUGUACAUGACUACGGAAUACACAACUGAUAUUAGUAAUGCGUGCGAUCGUCAUUCCAAGCCUGUGUGACAAUUUUUAUAUAUGUAUAAUUUAAUUCGUGACAUCAAACAAAACAAAGUGUAUUGUCAUUAAGGUAUAGUGGAUACAGGGUUGUAAAAAUAUCUACUAAAGUGUAAAAUUGAAUGUCUAGGAUAAAUGUUUAUAUGAAUAUAUUGAUGGAUAAGACGGAGCAUGUACUGUGUGUUUGUACACGUUAAAUUAAGAAUAUUCCAUGAUAAUUUUGCAUUUUGAUGUGAAAUUAUUUUCAUUUUAAUUUUAUAUUCAAAACCAGAUAACUUAUUUUUAUAUGAUU